AUGUCCAACGCACCCGCACUCUCGCCCGCGCCGCACGCCAGCUCCUCGACGCCGCGCAAGCCGCGCGCCCGCCCCGCCGCCAAGCGCACGCCCGCCGCCGCCGCCGCGCAGCCCGCCGCCGCACCACAGCCCGCCGCUCCCUCGGCGCCGGCGCUCACGUGGCAGCAGCAGCUGCUCGCCGCCACGCCGCCGCCGCCGUCGCCGCAGCCACAGCCCGCCGCACGCAGCGCCAAGGGCAAGGCCAAGGGCGACGCCGCCGCCGCAAAGGCCGUGCCCGCCAAGCACGCUGCCGCAAAGGGCGCGCCGGCAAAGGGCAGCAAGGCGCCCCGGCAGCCCGCCAGCACAGCGCGCGACUCGUCGCAGACGUGGCAGCAGGCACUCCUCUCCGCCAGCGCGCCCGCGUCGUCGGCGCCCAAGUUCGACUAUCCGGCGUGCGCGCGCGACGUGGCCACGUUUGGCGACGCCUCGUCGUCGCCCGCGCGCCCCAUCGCCGUGCCCUCGAUGGGCGGCGCGCCGCGCACGCCGACCAAGACGCCGGCGCCCGCCGCGGGCGCCGCCGCCGCCGCACUCGCCUAUGCCGGGCCCAACUUCCACAACUCGCCCAGCCCGGCGUCGCUGCCGAAGCCGACGUUUGGUGCCCGCUCCGCGGCGGCGCGCUCGGCGCUCGGCGCCGCCUCGUCGGGCGAUGAGGCGCCGCAGCGCGCCCGCACGCCGGGCUCGCCCAGCCGUGCGCGCCGCGAGCGUGCCGGCGACGAGGCGGCCGCCCCGGUGGCCGCUGCGCCCGAGCAGGCGCAGGCCAGCGCGCCGCACCCGCAGGCGCCGCUGCCGUCGGCUGAGCGCAAGGCACAGACCAUCGAGGAGCUCAUGGCGCGCAUGCUGGCGCCGCCGCCCAGGGCCUCGAGCUAG